UAAAACAGGUGAACGGGCGCAUGCACUUUAAUUUUCACACCCUGAGACGGAGGAACACUUUUUUAAAAAAUCCGACAUGAGGCUGGCGGCUCUGGUGGUGGUCUGCGGGCUCAUCGUGGGUCAGGAUGGACGAGGAGCAGCUCUGCAGGGAGCCGACUCUGUGCAGAAGACACCUGACACAGGUUCAGUCCUCUCCGCUCUCAGCAGGAGGUCCACCGGAGAGUUUCCGGAGGAGGACCCGAGCACGUGCUUCUCUCUGCGGGAGAACGAGGAGCAGCGGCAGCUCCUCUGCAACGACCGGAGGAGCAAGUUCAACUUCAACCCGUUCGGGCUCCGCUUCGGGAAACGGUACAACGGCUACAUUUACCGGAGGGCCGUGCAACGAGCCCGGACGAGGAAGCUAACGCCGCUUUCUCUUUUCUCGCGAGAACUGGAGGUGCCCACCUGAGACAAAUGAGUGCACUCACCUGAGGAGGACAGGUGGUCUGCUGGAAAUGGCCUUCCUGCUGCUGAUAAUGUGAUGCUUCUAUGAAUAAAACUUUUUGUACUCACUUGUUGGCU